UCAUUUAGUUGAAAUACAUUCCAAGCUAUCACUUCUAUCUAAGAUGUAUGCAUCAAACCUUGUAUCAUCAGUAUGCAAAAAGAUAAUCAAACCAUAUUUUCCUACUCCAACUUCACUUCGUUGUCACAAGCUCUCUUACCUUGAUCAAAUGGUCGGUGGCAUUUACGAGCCUUUCGCCUUUUUAUACCCUAAAAUGAGCGAUACAUGGUCAGAUAAACCAAGUAACGUUAUAUCAGAACAUCUUGAAAAUUCCCUUUCAAAAGUUUUGUCCCAUUAUUAUCCAUUUGCAGGGAAAUUGAAUGAAAAUAUCUCCGUUGAUUGUAAUGAUCGCGGAGUUGAGUUUUUCACUACCAAAAUCGACUGUCCAAUGGCUAAAAUUCUCAAAGAUCCUUAUUCUGAUAAAGAAGAUUUAGUCUAUCCGAAAGGAAUUCCUUGUACAUAUUCAUACGAGGGUAGUCUUGCAGUGGUUCAACUUAGUUAUUUCAAUUGUGGAGGAAUAGCAGUCAGUGUAUGUUUGACACACAAAAUUGGAGAUGGAUAUACAAUAGCCAACUUUAUUCGCGAUUGGGCUACUAUAGCACGUAAUCCAAGUUCAAAAAUACAAAGUCCUCAAUUUAAUGCUGCGUCUAUUUAUCCACCUACAAAAGACAUGGCAAAUCUACCUGAAGUUGUUCCCAAGGGAGAAGAAUGUUCAUCCAAAAGUUUUACUUUCUCAUCAUCUAAAUUAGCUGCACUGAGAGAUAUGGUUAUAAGCAAUUCAGAAGUACAAAAUCCAACAACCACUGAGAUUGUAUCAGCAUUCAUUUACCUACGUGCAAUGGCUACAAAAAAGAAAACUUCAGGUUCGAUUUGUCCAUCCGCAUUAGUCCAUGCUGUGAGCUUACGGCCUCCAUUGCCGAAAACUUUAAUGGGAAAUAUUGGUUCUUUCUUUUCUAUAUUAACAACCGAAGAGAAAGAGAUGGAUCUACCAAAAGUGGUUGGUAAACUACGGGCAGCGAAAGAAGAACUUCGUCAAAAAUACAAAAAUGCUAAAACAGAUGAAUUUUUACCUAUAACGAUUGAAUUAUAUAAAGAAGCAAAUAAUAGUUUUUUCAAUAAUUCUUGUUAUGAUAUCUAUAGGUUUAGUAGCAUCAGUAAGUUCCCUAUUUAUGAUAUAGACUUUGGAUGGGGAAAGCCAGAAAAAGUAAGUUUUGUAAGUAAUGGUCCAGUUAAAAACAUGUUUUUGUUGAUAGAUAAUAAAAGUAGGGAUGGAAUGGAAGUAAUAACCUAUAUGAAGGAACAAGACAUGUCCGCAUUCGAGAGAGACGAAGAGCUCCUAGAGUUUACUUCUCCAAGCAACUAAGAGUAUUAAUCAAAUAUGUGAUGGAGUACUGUAAGUCACAGAGCAGCCUUGUUGUCACGAUCCACUGGGAUCAACCCUUCUUUACUCUAAUUCGUCAAAAAAAAAAAAAUAAAAAUAAAAAAAAAAAAAAAUAAGAAAGAAACAUUUUUCUUCCACUGUUAUCGCUUUGCAAUAUAGAAGUGUGAGGAUUUUUGUGCGUUUGACCCCCCAAUUAAUAAUAUUUGCACAU